AGACAAAGCGCGCAGGCAGCGCGCAGGACCUGGCGUGUCUUCUCUAUCUCCUCUGUCACCUCGUCUCUGGUAAAGCGAAACUAUCAACAACAGACCGCACUCUACUGCCGUGGAUAACCUCAUCUCGAAGCCCGAAAUCAGCACAUCUCAAGUCUCCAUGUCGAAGACAACAUCCUUCAAACUAGUUCUGCUCGGAGAGUCUGCUGUGGGAAAGAGCAGCUUAGUGCUCAGAUUCGUGCGGGAUGAGUUCUCUGAUUUCAGGGAAUCUACUAUUGGAGCUGCAUUUCUUACGCAAUCUGUCAAACUGGAUGAGAACACAACCAUUAAAUUUGAGAUCUGGGACACGGCUGGGCAAGAGCGAUACAAGUCUUUGGCUCCCAUCUACUUCAGAAAUUCGAACGCCGCUGUCAUUGUCUAUGAUAUUACACAACCGUCCGAGACUUCCUUCGAGAAAGCGAAGCAAUGGGUCAAAGAAUUGAAGCGCAGCGCAGACCCGUCCAUCGUGAUCAUGCUGGUUGGAAACAAGAUCGAUAUGGCAUCUCAGCGAAAGACCCCCCGUGAGCUCGGACAACAGUUUGCGGGCGAGGAAGGAUUGCUGUUCACGGAGGCCAGCGCAAAAACUGGAGAAGAAGUGUGAGUCAUCAGAUCCCUUCCUAUCAAGAGACAAAGACCAGGAUUGACAGGCCUUGAAGAGAAGAGUUGUUCCAUGCAAUUGGUAAGUUGCGGUGGUAACGUAUCACAGCUUUUCACUAAUUUAUCUUGCUCCAAUAUAGCCAAGAAGCUUCCUCUCGCACCUCCACAGCAGAGAAGUCAGAGUUCGAGCAAGGGUGUCAACGUGUCCGGACAAGAAGCUACGCCUCAGGCUUGCACUUGUUAGGCCAUAUGCCUUGUACGCCUGGCAUCACAUAGAUUCGUGUUUUUAUGCGCUUGAUUGGGAUUCUACCAGCUGUGGUACAGUAAUGUCAGUGUUGCCAUGUAUCAUAUAAAUGUAGGCCA